AUGGUUAAAAAAGAAAAGGUUUUUUAUGAAGAAGAAGAUGAUAACGAUGAAUAAUAGCAAGAAGAUGAGGAAGAAGAAGAAGAAAUCCAAUAAAAAUUGAAUAAAAAAAAGAAUAAAAAAAAAACAUAAAAAAAAAAUAAGAAAAAAAAAAAUUACUAAAAAGCACCUAUUUAAAAAAAAUAGUUAGCAUUUUUUUAAACAUAUAAAGCAAAUGAAGGUGUUCGAAAAACUAGAUCAGCAUUGAAAAUUACAGAAGUAUAGGAAUAAAUACCAAAGUAAAAUAAAAAAAUAGGCAAAAAGAAAAACUUCAACAAUAAAAUGCAAGCAAAAUUUAAAUAAUAAAAAAAGAAAAAUCUAGUUAUGAAAAAAAAAAAAAAACCUUAAAAAAAAUAAAAAGAAGAAUCUGAUGAAAAUAAAGAAAUAGAAGAUGAAAAUUUUCAAAAUGGCGAAGAAAUUUCACAAUCGUAUCCAAAAUAAAAGUAGUUAAAAAAAUCAGAAUAAGAAUAAGAAGAAUCAUCAAAUUCAUAAAACUCUUAAGAAAAAGAAGAUGAAAAUGAAUAUGAAGUUGAAGAAGAGGAAGAAGAGGCGGAAGAAGGCGACGAAGAAGAAGAUGAUGAUGAAGAAAUAAAAGAAGAAGAAAAACCAGUCUAAAAUGCAGUAAAAUAAAUGACUUUUAGAUCAAGAAGAGGAGAGGGAAUGAAAAAAUUAAUCAAUUAAUAAAAAUAAAAAGAGAAUGAAAACUAAGAUGAUUUUUAAAUUUAUAAUAAAUAUUUUGGAAAUGUGGAAGUUUUAUAACAAGAUAUAAUGGGUAAAGAAAGCUCUGAUGAUGAAGAAUUUGACGAGAAAGAAUAUAAAAAUGUAAAGGAUAUUUUCGAUAGUGAUUUUAUAGAUACAAGUGAAGAAGAAGAUGAUGAUUUUGCAGAAAGCUUUAAAACAUUUAAGAAAGUAAGCAAUAGAAUGUUUAAAAAUAUAAAGAUUAAUAAUAGCAAGCUCAAGUAAUUUAAGAAGAUUUUAAAGAAAAAAGAACUUUAAGAUAAAGUACAAACGAAAAGUCGAUAAAUUGUUAAAGUUUUUAAAUUGAGAAAAUUAAAAAUAAAUAAAAAACAAAUGAUGAAACUAUUAUUAAUAAUGAAUAAAAACAAAUAUCACUUGAACAAAAAUAAGAAGAAAGUGUAGCAAAAGAAUAGGAUCAAUAAAUUGGUUAAAAAAGUAAGAAGAAAUAUAUUCAUAAUUUUAUUUCUUAAGAAGAGCUUUUUAAAGAAGCUGUUUAAACAGAAUUUUCGAAUAUUUUACAUCUACAAAAUUUAUUAAAAUUAGAAGAAGAAAAAAAAAAAUAUUAAAUAAGCAAGAAAAAUCAAGAUUAAGGACCUAAAAUAAUAUAUAAAAAUUCUUGUAAGAAAAACUAAGAAGAUGAAAACGUCAUUAUAUUUCCGAAUAGAGAUGUUUAUUCAUAAACAAUAGGGAAUUAUUUAAAAAGAGCUUAAAUAAAGAGGUAUAACGAAGAGAAAAAUUAAUUCAAAUAUAAAGAUCCAAAAACAAAUAAAUAUUUUAACAAUUCUGAGGAAUUUUAUAAAUAAAGGACUAUUAAUUAUAAAUCAGAACAAAAUAGAUAUAAGUAUUUGA